CCCUCUUCGUUCUUAUCCUCAAUCACUACCACCUUCCUUGUGUAGAAAAUACACACACACAUACACAAUAUAUAUAAGUCUUAAUAUAAGUUUUUAUUAACUUUCCAUAGUUGUUUCCUCCAUGAAACUCUUAUAUACAACUUCUUCAUGUUUUUUCUUCAAGUAUUACAAACUUUUCAUUUGUAACACCCACCGAUAAAAAAAAAAAAAAAAAAAAAAAAUCAAGAAAAUAAUAUUUCUCAACGCCCUUUUGAUUAUAAUUCAAGAAUCUCAAGGAGUUUGCUGUAUUUCUUGAUUAUUUAUAUGGUAUAAAACUCUCAACUUUACUUUAAUUAGCCUUUUUUCUCAAUACCAAAGUUUCUGUUUUUGUGUUAUUUGUUGUGUUUUUUUGGUAUAAAGCAAUCAAUUUAACCUUAAUUAGUCUUUCUUUUACAAAUCCAAGUUGCUGUUUUUGUUGUUUUUUGUGUGUUCUUGAUCAUUUAUAGUAUAAGGCUCUCAAAUUUACCUUAAGUUUUUGUUUUGCUAUUUUUGUUGUGUGUUUUUUUUGUUUUGUCAUUAUGUUGUCAAGAUCUUGUUUCAAUCUACUUAAUCUUGAUGACUGUUGUUCUGUUACUGAUAUGGCUCGAAUCCCAAGAAUGAUGAAUUUUCCAGGGAUUAUAACAGAUUUUAAUGGUCAAGAAGGGAUGAAAAAUGAUCAAAGUAGAAGGAUUAUUGUUGCAAAUCAGUUACCAGUUAAGGCUUAUAUUAAGGAUGAUGAUGAAAAAGAAGGGAAAAAAUGGUGUUUUGAAUGGGAUAAAUUUGCUUUGGAUACACUAAUUUUGCAGCUUAAAGAUGGUUUGUCAUCAGAUUUGGAAAUUGUUUAUGUUGGUUGUUUGAAAGCUGAUGUUGAAUUGAAUGAUCAAGAAGAAGUUGCAAAUUAUUUGUGGGAAAAUUUUAGGUGUGUACCUACUUUUUUAUCAUUGGAUUUGAUAAACAAGUAUUACCAUGGUUUUUGUAAGCAUUAUUUAUGGCCUUUGUUUCAUUACAUGUUGCCUGUUACACCUAGUCAUGGUGUAAGAUUUGAUAGGUCUAAUUGGCUGGCUUAUGUAUCAGCAAACAAAAUUUUUGCUGAUAAAGUUUAUGAGGUGAUUAAUCCAGAUGAAGAUUAUGUUUGGAUUCAAGAUUAUCACCUUAUGGUUUUGCCAACUAUGUUGAGGAAAAAAUACAAUAGGAUAAAAAUUGGUUUUUUCCUUCAUAGUCCUUUUCCAUCAUCCGAAAUUUACCGAACUCUGCCUGUUAGAGAUGAAAUAUUGAGGGGUUUUUUGAAUUGUGAUCUUGUUGGAUUCCAAACUUUUGAUUAUGCUAGGCAUUUUUUGUCAUGUUGUAGUAGGAUGUUGGGUUUGGAUUAUCAGUCGAAAAGGGGGUAUAUCGGCAUCGACUAUUUUGGUCGAACCGUGACUAUUAAAAUCCUUCCGGUUGGUAUUCAUAUGGGGCAGUUGCAAAAUGUCAUGUCAUUGCCGGAUACGGGGAAGAAAGCGAAGGAAUUGCAAGAGAAGUAUGAGGGGAAAAUCGUGAUGUUAGGUAUCGAUGACAUGGACAUGUUUAAAGGAAUCGGUUUGAAGUUUUUAGCGAUGGGGCAUUUGUUAGAUCAAACCCCAUCGUUGAGGGGACGAGUCGUGUUGGUUCAGAUUACAAACCCUCCGAGAAGUAGAGGGAGCGAUAUCCAAGAGGUUGAACGAGAGGUCAAGAGGAUCGCCAGUGAAAUCAAUAGGAGACAUGGAAAACCGGGGUACGAACCGAUUGUUUGUGUUAAUGGUCCUGUUUCUACGCAGGACAAGAUCGCGCACUAUGCGAUUUCUGAGUGUGUUGUUGUUAAUGCUGUUAGAGAUGGGAUGAAUUUGGUUCCUUAUGAGUAUACGGUUUCUAGGCAGAGCAGUGAUAAUUUGAAUAAGGCGUUGGGGUUAGAUAAUGGUCGACGGAAUAGCGUGAUUAUUGUUUCUGAGUUCAUCGGCUGCUCCCCAUCUCUUAGUGGUGCGAUCAGGGUUAAUCCGUGGGACAUUGAGGGUGUAUCCAAUGGUAUGUUUUCGGCAGUCACGAUGAAUGAUUCAGAAAAAGAAUUGCGUCAUGAGAAGCACUAUAAAUAUGUUUCAUCUCACGACGUUGCGUAUUGGGCAAGGAGUUUUGAUCAAGACCUCAAGAGAGCUUGUGGAGGGCAUUAUGACAAGAGAUGUUGGGGUAUGGGCCUUGGUCUCGGUUUCCGUGUCGUUGCUCUUGGGCCAAAUUUCAGGAAGCUUUCGGUAGAGCAUAUCGUCUCUGCUUAUAACAGGACAAACAGCAGGCUUAUCCUACUCGACUAUGACGGUACUAUGUUGCCCGAGGAUAAAGUGGACAAAGCCCCGAGCGAAGAAGUCAUCUCAAUUCUGAAUGGUUUAUGCAGUGAUCCGAAGAAUGUCGUGUUUAUUGUGAGUGGCAGAGGACGGGAUACGCUCAGCAAGUGGUUCUCUCCUUGUCCGCAACUAGGCUUAUCAGCAGAACAUGGAUAUUUCACUAGGUGGAGUAAGGAUUCCGAUUGGGAAUCUCGUCCGGUAGCGGCAGACCUGGAGUGGAAAAAAGUGGUGUUGCCUAUUAUGGAGAAAUACACGGAGGCAACGGAUGGUUCUUCGAUAGAGCAGAAGGAAAGUGCACUAGUGUGGCAUCAUCUUGAAGCGGACCCUGACUUUGGCAUUUGGCAAGCGAAAGAGCUUCUUGAUCACCUCGAGAGCGUGCUCGCUAACGAGCCUGUGGUCGUUAAAAGAGGCCAACACAUUGUUGAGGUGAAACCACAGGAUGUGAGCAAAGGUCUAGUGUUUCAGAAUCUCUUGGCCUCGAUGCAAAGCAGAGGGAAGUCACCCGAUUUCGUGUUGUGCAUAGGUGAUGACAGGUCAGAUGAGGACAUGUUCGAGAGCAUUGCGAGUUCGUUAGACAACAAUUCUCUGCCUGAUAAAGCUGAAGUCUUUGCUUGCACGGUCGGGCAGAAGCCGAGUAUGGCUAAGUACUAUCUCGACGAUCCAGUCGAAGUUGUAAACAUGCUACAAGGCCUUUCGGCAACUACUGCAAAAGUUCAGCUACUGCCUAAAUCGCCGCUCCAUCAAGUUUCCAUAGUUAAGUGUCAUACAGCUUUUGUAUAGUAAACUUCAUAGAAUUCAGAGGUCAUCCAGAAACAUAGUUAUAGUUGAUCCAUGUUCUUAGUUUUCAGCAAAUUUGCCUUUUCACAGCCCUCUAGUUACCUAGUUUUUAGUCAUUUCUUGGUUCAUAGUUGCUUUAUGACUUGCCUAGACAAGUUAUACAUAGUGUAGUUAACUGGUUCUCUAUGUGAUAGCACUACAUUUUUUGGAAAAUUUUAUAAAUGGCUCAUUUGAAACUUC